AUGGCCGACGAGGUAAGGGAAACAAACACAGCUGCUGAGGAAAGCGACGUCAAAGAACAGGAAUCCAAAGUUUUGGAAGUUAUUCCAGACAGCCACCCUGUUGGCAUUAGCAGCGAUGAAGAGGCUCCAAAAGACAAACCGGCGACCGAGAGCAACUGGUCAACACCGAUCCUGUCGCUAGCACGGAAGGCGACCGAGACGAUCAGCAGUGGGGUUAGCUACGGUGCAGCUUUGAGAAACGCCAAAUCGUCGGGAUCUGCCGUGAGCUCUGCAACCAGUCCGACUAAACAAAACUCUACCGAGAAUGACACACACACUAACCAAUACCUACCAGGUACGUAGCAAGGUUGUUGUAUUGCACGCCAAUGUGGAAGCAUAUAAACUUACUAGGUAGUUAAGUGCUGAACCAGCGACUUCUCUCUUCUGCAUCUCUGCUGUCAUCAGCUGUCAACACAACACAUGACUCCUGCCUGGCGAGGAAAUCAGAGUGGCAUACUUAAGCAAUAAAUAUAGACUAACAGUCUAUAUUUAUCCGUGGUCAAGUCUUGUUGUCCUUUUAAAAAUUACUUUUGCACAGGAAAUUCAGAUUAUGAUCUCUCCCCCCCCUUUUUCUUGUUCUCUCCCCUCUAUUUCUUGCGCCUCUCUUUUUCUCUCCUCUCUUAAUUAUUUUUUUCUUCUCUCUCCCUCUCUAUUUGUAGCAGUGAAGGACCAUAUGGCUGUGGAGCGCUCCAACCUGUUCAGUAUGAUGAAGCUGAGUAUUAAGGUCCUGAUCCAGUCAUCUCUGAGUCUGGGCAGAACCCUGGACUCUGACUACCCUCCUCUGCAGCAGUUCUUUGUGGUUCUGGAGCACUGCCUCAAACACGGACUGAAAGGUGAGACUUGCUCUAGAACAGGGGUGACAGGCCAACCCUCCGCCUGGAGAGCUACUAGGUGUGUUGCAGACUUUUGUCAGGGUCUUGAUUAGCUGAAUCAGGUGUGUUACUGCGGGGCUGGAGCGAAAGCCUGCACAACCAAUUGCUCUCCCGUAGCAGAGUUGGAGACUCCAGUAUUCCUGCGGCACUUAUUCGUUUUGGCCCUUUGAAGAACACUACCUAAACAUUCUCCUAUCUUCUCUCUCUUUCUCUCUAUGUAGUGAAGAAGUCAUUCAUCAAUCAGAAUAAGUCUAUCUGGGGUCCUCUGGAGCUGGUUCAGAAGCUGUGUCCUGAGUCUACUGAUAUUGCCACCAGCGCCAGAGACCUGCCAGGGCUAAAGACUGGGUUGGGUCGGGCUCGGGCCUGGCUGCAUCUGGCCCUGAUGCAGAAGAAAUUGUCUGACUACCUGAAAGCCCUGUUGGACCAUAAGGACCUCCUGGGGUGAGUACAGCACAAGGCUCUGUUGCUAGAACUGAAUCAGUGUAAUAAACAUGUAAUACCGGUAAGCAUUUUGUGUCCUAUUCACUUUUACAGUAGUUAUUGUAUCUAUCUUACAAAAUCUUUCUGCCUCCUUCCUUCCACAGUGAGUUCUAUGAUCCAGGAGCGUUGAUGAUGGAGGAGGAGGGGACAGUGAUAGGAGGGAUGCUGGUGGGGCUAAACGUCAUUGACGCUAACCUCUGUAUCAAAGGAGAGGACCUGGACUCCCAGGUGGGGGUCAUAGACUUCUCCUUGUACCUGAAGGACCCUAUGACCACUGAGACCACUAAGGAGUAAGUACUAUGUCUCUGCCUUUCCUCCCUCACCCCAAACACACUCCUCUGUUAAUUUAUGACUGUUCUCCUUUCCUCUAACCUCCUCCUCUCUUUCUUUCUCAGCAAAGAUAAACCAUCAACAUAAACCACACUCCUCUCUCUGUUAUCCUUUGUCUCUUCUCCUGUAACCUCUCCUUCUCUCCUCGCUGUCAGCGAUGCUAAGAUGACGGCCAUAUUGGACCAGAAGCACUACAUUGAAGAGCUGAACAGACACCUGAGCUGCUCCGUCACUGACCUGCAGGCCAAGAUGGACUCCAUAGAGAAGACCAACAGCAAGCUCAUUGAGGAGGUCAGAGGAGCUUAUGAAUGUGUUGUAAUCCUUUGUAGUGUUUAUUAAGCUAAAGAUACGUUUUUUUGCAUGGGCUGUGUCUCAAUCUACUGCAGACCAUGAGACAUCCCGAAAAUCGGUCUUCUCAUGAAAACGUCAGUAGCGUCCGACCGGUUUGGCCUACAAAAACUAUUAUGACCCUUCUAUGGAAAGGUGACUCUCACGAACACGAUGGUGUUCUCCGUUUUGCUUUAAAACCCCACAAGCGUCACAAGACUUGUCUGAAAUCGGUUCAGCCGAUCUGCCAACUUCUGUCUGUAGCGUCCGAAUAGUUUGGGCUACACACUAAUAUGACCCUUCUAUGGAAAGGUAAGUUUCUCACAAACACGUACGUUUUGCUCUAGGACACCCACAAGCCUCACAAGACUAGUCUGAAGGUAGCUGGAUACCAGGUUAAAACAAUUAUGGAAGUGUGUAUAUAGUUUAGUGCCUAAAAUAAGGUGUUAAAUACAUGUCCCAAUAACAUAAAAUGUUUCCUGAUCUUUCUUAUAUCUAUCAGAUAUAGGACAGACACUUCAGAACAAACUUCCUUUUGAUAGUCAAAACAAAAUAUCUGUUUAUCCAUGUAUGAAGCUAUUAUUCAAUGUGUUUCUAUGGGCUAAAAGCAGUAAGGCCAAAUUCAAUGUUUUUAUCAAACUACUUUGAUUAAGGCACAGGUGUCAAACUCAUUCGAUCCUCCCUUGUCUUUGAUUGAUGAAUUAAAGUCACUAAUUAGAAAGGAACUCCCCUCACCUGGUUGUCUUAGUAAGGAACUCCCCUCACCUGGUUGUCUAGGUCUUAGUAAGGAACUCCCCUCACCUGGUUGUCUAGGUCUUCAUUGAAAGGAAAAAACAAAAACCUGCAGACCCUCGGCCCUCCAUGGAAUGAGUUUGACACUCCUUUGACACUUAGGGGUCCUAAAAUUCAAAAUCAAAUAGCUAAAGUAUCCUUGGUAUGACCAUCUUAAAACAAUUCCAUAUGUUAGCUUAGUAGAACCCCCCCCCAAAUGACUGUGUUAUAAUAACCAUAGUUAUCAUGGGUGUCUUAUAACCCUGUGUAGAGCUUAUGUAAGUGUUAUAACUAGAGAUGUAACGAUUCACUGAUGCGCAUCGGUCCCCAGUUCAAAUGUUUAAGAUAUGUGCAUCAGUCUGCAGGACACCAAACCGAUCCAAAUGUAACAUGCAUCGGUCAGAAAAUCUAUUCAAACGUACGAGUCGCCGGUUCACUAAAAUGUUUUGUUCAAAUUACUUUCUUUCUACCUUCUGAAAAUUCCGUCACCGGUUUUUCUGAAAUUCCGUUACCGAUUUGGCAACGGAAUUUCGAGUUUUAAUCACUUAAUAAUUCAUAAACAAAAUUGAUAUCAAUAAAAACACGAACUAAUUGAUAGGUCUACCGUUUCCGUUUUACCUCUGAACUUUCAUUAUUCACCCUUAUCUUAAAACCCCUAUCUUAAAGAUAUGUGGGUUUUUGGUAACGUAAUUUCAAGGAAAAAUGUAUUCAAAACUAAAUAUAAGUGUUGAUAUUAGUAGGGGUCUUUACUUCAACAGUUAUGUUUUGAUGUAUGUAUAAUACAUGUUUUAAUACUUUUUCUGGUAGAUGUUUUCUAAGAAGACCCCCCCUUUCAUUUUUGACCAUAAUCAAACCUUUGCUUAUUCCUAAUUUUUAAAAAAUAGCAUAUGGCCUUCAAUUACUCCAAUAUAAGACUCUAGCCUUCAUUUGACAAACCCAUAUUGACACACUCCUAAUGAACAAUCAUAGACGUUUUGUAAUAAGCUGUUUUACAUGAUAGAAAUAAAAAAAACUUUAUACUAUUCUAGGUAUUUCUUAGAGGUAGGGUUUCAAAUGUCUCCGGAAGGUGGUCAGUGAACAAAAAUAUAAACGCAACAAUUUAAAAAGAUUUUACUGAGUUACAGUUCAUAUAAGGAAAUCAGUUCAUUUGAAUAAAUUAAUUAGGCCCUAAUCUAUGGAUUUCACAUGACUGGGAAUACAGAUAUGCAUCUGUUGGUCACAGAACUUUUUUAUUUUACAUUUUAGUAGGCGCGUGGAUCAGAAAAUCAGUCAGUAUCUGGUGGGACAAUCAUUUGCCUCAUGCAGCGCGACACAUCUCCUUCGCAUAGAGUUGAUCAGGCUGUUGAUUGUGGCCUGUGGAAUGUUGUCCCACUCCUCUUCAAUGGCUGUGCGAAGUUGCUGGAUAUUGUUGGGAACUGGAACACACUAUCGUACAUAUCGAUCCAGAGCAUCCCAAAGAUGGUGACAUGUCUGGUGAGCAUGCAGGCCAUGGAAGAACUGGGACAUUUUCAGCUUCCAGGAAUUGUGUACAGAUUAUUGCGACAUUGGGCCGUGCAUUGGCUUCCAGGAAUUGUGUACAGAUUGUUGCGACAUUGGGCCAUGCAUUAUCAUGCUGAAACAUGAGAUGAUGAUGAUAAUAAUAAUAAUAAUAAUAUGCCAUUUAGCAGACGCUUUUAUCCAAAGCGACUUACAGUCAUGCGUGCAUACAUUUUUGUGUAUGGGUGGUCCCGGGGAUCGAACCCACUACCUUGGCGUUACAAGCGCCAUGCUCUACCAGCGGAGGUGAGGGUGGCGGAUGAAUGGCACGACAAUGGGCCUCAGGAUCUUGUCACGGUAUCUCUGUGCAUUCAAAUUGCCAUCGAUAAAAUGCAAUUGUUUGUUGUCUGUAGCUUAAACCAUAACCCCACCGCCACCAUGGGGCACUCGGUUCACAACGUUGACAUCAGCAAACUGCUCGCCCACACAACGCCAUCUGCCCGGUACAGUUGAAACCGGGAUUAAUCCGUGGAGGGCACACUCCAGCUUGCCAGUGGCAAUCGAAGGUGAGCAUUUGCCCACUGAAGUCGGUUACGACGCCGAACUGCAGUCAGGUCAAGACCCUGGUGAGGAUGACGAGCACGCAGAUGAGCUUCUCUGAGACGGUUUCUGACAAUUUGUGUAGAAAGUCUUCGGUUUUGCAAACCCACAGUUUCAUCAGCUGUCCGGGUGGCUGGUCUCAGACGAUGUGGAGGUCCUGGGCUGGCGUGGUUACACGUGGUCUGCGGUUGUGAGGUCGGUUGGACAUACAGCCAAAUUCUCUAAAACGACGUUGGAGGUGGCUUAUGGUAGAUAAAUUAACAUUCAGUUGUCUGGCAACAGCUCUGGUGGACAUUCCUGCAUUCAGCAUGCCAAUUGCAUGCUCCCUCAACUUGAGACAUCUGUGGCAUUGUUUUGUGACAAAACUGCACAUUUUAGAGUGGCCUUUUAUUGUCCCCAGCACAAGGUGCAUCUGUGUAAUCAUGCUGUUUAAUCAGCUUCUUGAUAUGACACACCUGUCAGGUGGAUGGAUGAUCUUGGCAAAGGAGAAAUGCUCACUAACAGGGAUGUAAACACAUUUGUGCACAACAUUUGAGAGAAAGAAGCUUUUUGUGCAUAUGGAAGAUUUCUGGGAUUUUUUAUUUCAAAUCAAAUCAAAUUUUAUUGGUCACAUGCGCCGAAUACAACAGGUGCAGACAUUACAGUGAAAUGCUUACUUACAGCCCUUAACCAACAGUGCAUUUAUUUUAAACAAAAAAAGUAAGAAUAAAACAACAACAAAAAAAGUGUUGAGAAAAAAAGAGCAGAAGUAAAAUAAAGUGACAGUAGGGAGGCUAUAUAUACAGGGGGGUACCGGUGCAGAGUCAAUGUGCGGGGGCACCGGCUAGUUGAGGUAGUUGAGGUAAUAUGUACAUGUGGGUAGAGUUAAAGUGACUAUGCAUAAAUACUUAACAGAGUAGCAGCAGCGUAAAAAGGAUGGGGUGGGGGGGCAGUGCAAAUAGUCCGGGUAGCCAUGAUUAGCUGUUAAGGAGUCUUAUGGCUUGGGGGUAGAAGCUGUUGAGAAGUCUUUUGGACCUAGACUUGGCACUCCGGUACCGCUUGCCGUGCGGUAGCAGAGAGAACAGUCUAUGACUAGGGUGGCUGGAGUCUUUGACAAUUUUGAGGGCCUUCCUCUGACACCGCCUGGUAUAGAGGUCCUGGAUGGCAGGGAGCUUUGCCCCAGUGAUGUACUGGGCCGUACGCACUACCCUCUGUAGUGCCUUGCGGUCAGAGGCCAAGCAGUUGCCAUACCAGGCGGUGAUGCAACCAGUCAGGAUGCUCUCGAUGGUGCAGCUGUAGAAUUUUUUGAGGAUCUGAGGACCCAUGCCAAAUCUUUUUAGUCUCCUGAGGGGGAAUAGGCUUUGUCGUGCCCUCUUCACGACUGUCUUGGUGUGUUUGGACCAUGAUAGUUCGUUGGUGAUGUGGACACCAAGGAACUUGAAGCUCUCAACCUGUUCCACUACAGCCCCGUCGAUGAGAAUGGGGGCGUGCUCAGUCCUCUUUUUUUUCCUGUAGUCCACAAUCAUCUCCUUUGUCUUGGUCACGUUGAGGGAGAGGUUGUUGUCCUGGCACCACACGGCCAGAUCUCUGACCUCCUCCCUAUAGGCUGUCUCAUCGUUGUCGGUGAUCAGGCCUACCACUGUUGUGUCGUCGGCAAACUUAAUGAUGGUGUUGGAGUCGUGCCUGGCCAUGCAGUCAUGGGUGAACAGAGAGUACAGGAGGGGACUGAGCACGCACCCCUGAGGGGCCCCCGUGUUGAGGAUCAGUGUGGCAGAUGUGUUGUUACCUACCCUUACCACCUGGGGGCGGCCCGUCAGGAAGUCCAGGAUCCAGUUGCAGAGGGAGGUGUUUAGUCCCAGGAUCCUUAGCUUAGUGAUGAGCUUAGAGGGCACUAUGGUGUUGAAUGCUGAGCUGUAGUCAAUGAAUAGCAUUCUCACGUAGGUGUUCCUCUUGUCCAGGUGGGAAAGGGCAGUGUGGAGUGAAAUAGAGAUUGCAUCAUCUGUGGAUCUGUUGGGGCGGUAUGCAAAUUGGAGUGGGUCUAGGGUUUCUGGGAUUAUGCUGUUGAUGUGAGCCAUGACCAGUCUUUCAAAGCACUUCAUGGCUACAGACGUCAGUGCUACGGGUCGGUAGUCAUUUAGGCAGGUUAUCUUAGAGUUCUUGGGCACGGGGACUAUGGUGGUCUGCUUGAAACAUGUUGGUAUUACAGACUCAGUCAGGGACAUGUUGAAAAUGUCAGUGAAGACACUUGCCAGUUGUUCAGCACAUGCUCGGAGUACACGUCCUGGUAAUCCGUCUGGCCCUGCGGCCUUGUGAAUGUUGACCUGCUUAAAAGUCUUACUCACAUCGGCUACGGAGAGCGUGAUCACAUAGUCAUCCGGAACAGCUGGUGCUCUCAUGCAUGCUUCAGUGUUGCUUGCCUCGAAGCGAGCAUAGAAGUGGUUUAGCUCGUCUGGUAGGCUUGUGUCACUGGGCAGCUCGCGGCUGUGCUUCCCUUUGUAGUCUGUAAUAGUUUUCAAGCCCUGCCACAUCCGACGAGCGUCAGAGCCAGUGUAGUAUGAUUCAAUCUUAGACCUGUAUUGACUCUUUGCCUGUUUGAUGGUUCGUCGGAGGUCAUAGCGGGAUUUCUUAUAAGCGUCCGGGUUAGAGUCCCGCUCCUUGAAAGCGGCAGCUCUACCCUUUAGCUCAGUGCGGAUGUUUCCUGUAAUCCAUGGCUUCUGGUUGGGGUAUGUACGUACGGUCACUGUGGGGACGACAUCAUCGAUGCACUUAUUGAUGAAGCCAGUGACUGAUGUUGUGUACUCCUCAAUGCCGUCUGAAGAAUCCCGGAACAUGUUUCCAGUCUGUGCUAGCAAAACAGUCGCUGUAGCUUAGCAUCUGCGUCAUCUGAACCACUUUUUUUUAUUAACCUGAAUCACUGGUGCUUCCGGCUUCAGUUUUUGCUUAUAAGCAGGAAUCAGGAGGAUAGAGUUAUGGUCAGAUUUGCCAAAUGGAGGCAAAUGUAUGUACAUUGGACCAACACUUUUACAUGUUGCAUUUUAUAUUUUUGUUCACAAUACAUCAUUUACUUACACACACACAGUCCGUUCAGACAGAUCCAGCUCAGAGGCCCAGCUCAUGAGCUCCAUCAGCAGCAGAUUUGAAUUUAGAAUGGAAAAUGAAUAGAUGUGAAAUAUAACCCUAUGUAGUUGUUAUGGAUGUGAAAUAUAACCCUAUGUAGUCGUUAUGGAUGUGUUAUAAACCUAUUGUCCUUAUAGCUGUGUUUUAACUAGGGCUGUCGAAUGAUUCAAAAAGAGGUAAUUGCAGGAUUUGCUGUGAUUAAUUGCAAAUUCCGAAUUUGCUCAGUGGGAGCUGUAAUUGAAGAUAUUUCAUACAAAAAACAUUAAAAUAAUAUUGACGUCUUGAUUUUGUGUAAAGUAACGGUUAGCAAAAUUAGGUAAAUUGAGAAAAGCACACUUUCUUUAACCUCAAUGUUAACUUGUUUUUACAUGGCAUUGUAGAUUUUAGCUGUAUAGAUUAUGUAUUUUUAUGUUUUCAGUGUAUUUUAACGCUCAGACAAUGCGAUUUAAUCACACACACACAAAAAAAUCAUGCUUAUGGAUAUGUUAUAACCCUACAUAGUGCUUAUGGAUGUGUUAUAACCCUACAUAGUGCUUAUGGAUGUGUUAUAACCCUACAGCUGACGGCAGCGACAGACAGGAUUAACUCUUUACAGGAGGAACAGGAAACACUGAGACAUGAGAAUGAGACCAUCGUCCAGAGCAGCCAGAAGAAAGAGGAGGUCAGGACACUCCCACUUCCUAUGCAUCUGCAACCGUUUUCAGUCUGUGUGACUGUCAUCGAAGUCAGACAAUAUGAAGAGCUGGCAUUUCACGUCCUGUUUGGUUUCCUAGGCGACCCUGGAGGACAGCGCAGUAGAGCUGGAGACAUACAGACAGACACGGCAGGGCCUGGAUGAGAUGUACAGCGUGGUAUGGAAACAGUACCAGGAGGAGAAACGCAUCAGACAGGUGUGUGAAACAGUGAGAUGAACAACUAGCUCUACAUUUCUUUGAGAUCCUAGCCAACUAACACAUCUGUGUUAUACUGCCUCUACAAUAGGUGUGUAUGUUCCUGUACCUUUGUUCCUCUGUGUGUGUGUGUGUGUGUGUAGGAGUUGGAGCGGGAGUUGGAGCUGCAGGUAGGACUAAAGCAGGAGAUGGAGAUGGCCAUGAGGCUGCUGGAGAAAGACACACAUGAGAAACAGGACACACUGCAAGCCCUCCGACAACAACUAGACCAGGUCAAAACCCUCAACCUGCAGAUGUUCCAUAAGGCAGAGGUAACACACAUGGACACAGAGACUGAUAUACACGGACAGAUAUACACAGACACGCGCUCAAGCAAACAUGAAAUGCACACAUACUCUCUCACUUACUUAGCAACACCCUUGUGAGUACACACCUCUUGACAGAAUGUGUGUGCAGGACUGUGAGAGUGAUGCCCAGAGGAAGCAGGAGGAGGUGGGACAACUGGAGGAGAAGAUGAACCAGAUGGAGACUACCAUUAAGGAGAUGGAGCAGAGGUGUUUGUGUGUGUGGUGCAGAGUGGUUUCAUAAUGGUUUCCGUGUUUUAACAUGAUUGAAUACUAAUUGUAGCCCAUGUAUUUUCAGACUGCAGAACUCGGAGCGUGAUCGCAGACAAAGUGACCAGACAGACAGAGACAUGAGGACAGAGCUGGAGGGCAGAGUAGACUCCCUACAGAAACAGCUGUCUGACCUGGACACACUGAGGUACGUAUGGACACACACACACACACACACACACACACACACACACACGUUGUGACCCACACCACCCUGUCUCUCUAGGCUGGGUCUGGAGAGUGAUCUGCGCAGUGAGAAGGAGCAGAGACAGGCCAUUCAGAGAGCUCUACAGAGAGAACAGGACAACAGCACUGAGCUACGCACCCAACUACAACAGAUACAGGGGCUACACAUGGUCAGUGACACACACAGACACACAGAAAAGAGAAGUCCACCUCCCAUUUUUCUUCUGAGCUUGUUUCUGUGUGUUUCUAGGAGCUGCAGGAUGUUCGUCAGGAGAAGAAGCAGCUCCAGCAGACCUGUCAGGAGCAGGAGACAGCCUUACAGGAGAUGGGCCUACACCUCAGCCAGUGAGUACUAUACUAGACAGCCUUACAGGAGAUGGGCCUACACCUCAGCCAGUGAGUACUGUACUAGACAGCCUUACAGGAGAUGGGCCUACACCUCAGCCAGUGAGUACUGUACUAGACAGCCUUACAGGAGAUGGGCCUACACCUCAGCCAGUGAGUACUGUACUAGACAGCCUUACAGGAGAUGGGCCUACACCUCAGCCAGUGAGUACUGUACUAGACAGCCUUACAGGAGAUGGGCCUACACCUCAGCCAGUGAGUACUGUACUAGACAGCCUUACAGGAGAUGGGCCUACACCUCAGCCAGUGAGUACUGUACUAGGCACACUCCUAAUCCUGCUCUUUACAUCUCUCUCUCUUCUCUUCCUUCCUGUGUUCCAUCUGUUUUGUCUUUGUAUGACACAUCUCUCUCGUAGGUCUAAACUGAAGAUGGAGGACUUCAAAGAGGUCAAUAAAGCCCUCAAGGUAACAUGUUCUCUGGCCUAAAUUAACACUUCCCCUUUCCUCUAGCUCUCCGUUACACCAAAGCUGUGUUCAAAUACUCAUACUAACCGUACUAUUUGUGAGGUAAAUUGAGUGUAUAGUAUGCUUAUUGGUCAUAGUAUGGAUAUAGUUAGUAUGCCAAAAGUUCCCGGAUGUCAUACUACAUUCGCCAAAAUACGAAGUAUACAAGCAGUGGACCAAUAAUGCAAUUAUUCCGAAAAUGGGCGUGGCUUCACAACGUUUUCAGAUUUGAAGAAAAUGGCGGAAAAUAUGCAGCCGAAGUCCAACGAGAGUGGAUACAUAUUCAUUGCUUUAACUAAUUAUGACAAAUGUUUAGAAAAUGUUGAGCAAUAUAAUAAAGUCAUGACUUUUCAAAUAAGUUACCUUACACGUUAUUUUGUCUGACAAUUUGUUAGUUACGCUAUCCUUACGAACCGCAUAUCAUUACAGCAGUAUGUACCGGUAUGUUAGUUGGCGAAUACAUCGAACUUGCCAGUAUAUUAACUAUAUGCUAUCUAACUACCCAACGUUUAUUGACUUGAUUAUUCAUGUCAUUCUUAGUUUAGCUAAGUGGUAUAGUCGUUGUGCGUUUUCAAUGGACAUUCGGGUGCGUUCGUAAAUAAGCUCUGGCUAUCUACUCCGAUUUCUGAGCACUCUCGUCUGAGUGUACCUGUGCCAGAGCGCAGCAUAACUGCUGAAUUUACGAACGCUCAACACCAGUUGAAUUUGGCCGGUGUCUGUAAACGUCGGCAAAAAAGCGUCAUUAAAUUGUUGCCAGCAGCUAGUCAUUUGUUAUGCUAGCAAGAGGUUGCAUAUCAACAGCAUCAACUUCCGGUAGACAGGCGAAGCGCUAGUAUGCUCAACUGAAAGGAUACGGUUCGUUUACAGUAUACUAAAAUGAACUAAUAGUAUACAGUAUGUUAGUAUGGCUAUUCGAACACCGCUCAAGUCUCUAUGGAGUUUGUUCUUCACUAGUAGACUAGACAUAGGCACUCACCGCUGGUCAUAGGGUCCUUCAGGUACAAGGAGAAGUCUAUGACCCCCACCUACACAACACAGACACUCACUCAUUUCUGUAAUAAUUUGUGAUUGAGCAUUGUUGUCUGUCCGUGUCCAUCAGGGCCAAGCCUGGCUGAAAGACAACGAGGCUACACAGUGUAAACAGUGUCAGAAGGAGUUCUCCAUCGCUCGCAGAAAGGUAAAGCUCUGUCCAUCCAUCUCUUCGGUCUUUCCUUCAGUUGUGGACUCUGGUCUGUGGCAGAUGUAGAGAAAGAUUUAUACUGAACAAAAAUAUAAACGCAACGAUUUCAAAGUUACAGCUCAUAUAAGGAAAUCUGUCAAUUUAAAUGAAUUAAUUAGGCCCUAAUCUAUGGAUUUCACAUGACUGGGUAGGGGCGCAGCCAUGGGUGGGCUUGGAGUGAACAGGCCCACCCAUUUGGCAGCCAGGCCCAUCCAAUCAGAAUGAGUUUUUCCCCACAAAAGGGCUUUAUUACAGACAUAAAUAGUCCUCAGUUUCAUCAGCUGUCUGGUGGCUGGUCUCAGAUGAUCCCACAGGUGAAGAAGCCAGAUGUGGAGGUCCUGGGCUGGCGUGGUUACACGUGGUCUGCAGUUGUGAGGCCGGUUGGACGUACUGCCAAAUUCUCUAGAACGACAUUGGAGGCAGAUUAUGGUAUAGAAAUGAACGUUCAAUUCUCUGCCAACAGCUCUGGUGGACAUUCCUGCAGUCAGCAUGCCAAUUGCGCACACCCUCAACUUGAGACAUCUGUGGCAUUGUGUUGUGACAAAACGGCACAUUUUAGAGUGGCCUUUUGUCCCCAGCACAAGGUGCACCUGUGUAAUGAUUGUGCUGUUUAAUCAGCUUCUUGAUAUGCCACCUGUCAGGUGGAUCAAUUAUCUUGGCAAAGGAGAAAUGCUCACUAACAGGGAUGUAAACAAAUUUGUGCACAAAAUUUGAGGGAAAUAAUCAUUUCUGGGAUCUUUUAUUUCAGCUAAUGAAACAUGGGACCAACACUUUACAUGUUGCGUUUAUGUUUUUGUUCGGUGUAUAAAUGCCUUUGAAUGAAAUGCUCUCAUUUGCCACAAAUGUUACUAACAGUUAUACUUGGACAUCCUGUGUAGCUCAGUUGGUAGAGCAUGGCGCUUGCAACGCCAGGGUUGUGGGUUCGAUUCCCACGGGGGACCAGUAUGAAGAUGUAUGCACUCUAACUGUAAGUCGCUCUGGAUAGUGGCGUCUGCUAAAUGACUAAAAUGUAAAUUUAGUAUGUGGGUUUUUUUCUCCUUGUCUGCAGCACCACUGUAGGAACUGUGGAGAUAUCUACUGCAACAGUUGUUCUAGUAAUGAGUUGGCCCUGCCCUCCUACCCUCGACCUGUACGGGUCUGUGACAUCUGCCACUCCCUACUGCUGCAGAGGAGCACCUCUUCCACCACCUCCUGA